AGUACAGCGCAGUAUGACUUGGUGGGCAGUUUUCAGCUUGCUGGCUUGGUUCCACUUACAAGAGGCCUCUCCAACUAACCUCACCAAAACUUUCACCAAUCACACUAACAUCUUCAUCGUCAACCACACCAACACCAUGCUUACUGGCCAAACUGUCGUCCUGGAAGAAGGCCAGACGCUCGUUCUAAAGUGUGUUGUUUCUCAGGCGAAGAACUCUUCCCUCCAGUGGCUGGCCCCCUCAGGGUUUACCAUGUUUUUAAAUGACCAUCCUGCUUUAAAAAAUCCCAAAUUCCAACUUCUUCAUCACUCCAUCAAUGAGCUCUCCAUCAGCUUGUCUAACAUAACUGUGCAAGAUGAAGGUGCCUACAAGUGUUUGCAUUACAGUAACACCUCCGUGAAAACAAUGGAAAUUAAAGUGAUUGUGCUAGCAACUCCUUCCAAGGCAUUCCUGGAAGUGUCACCCAUCAAAGGCCAAAAUGUAAAACAACACGUUGUGUUUAAAUGCUACACCAUAAGAAGUAUGCCCACUCCGCAGAUUACCUGGAGACUGGACAACGGCAUGGAGUUCUCCAGUGGACCUUAUCAUAGUUUUGAACCUGAUAGGAAGAAAUCUAAUACUACCAGCAUAAUCAAUGUGUUUACGUAUGACAAAAAUUCAACAGUGGACUGCAUUAUCCGACAUGAAGGCCUGCGAGAGAGAAAACUGGUAACAACCUUCCGGUUUAAAGAUUUGGUUGCUGAUCAAGAAGACAUUUCAGAUACUCAGAAGGCAAGCUCUGCAUCCUCUCAAAGCCCUCAGUAUUCCACCGGUGCUGUCACAAUAAUGAAAAUUUCCACUAUAUCAGAAAAUGACAAGAAAAAGGAAGAAGGAACCAUUCAAGACCCUGACUUGACCACUAAAGAGAAAUCCAAGUCUAUAGGAUUAAUGAGUAGGAAAAGUGGCAUAAUCUUGCUCAGUCUCGUGUCCCUUCUCAUGUUGGCACUCCUCAUCAUUGUCCAGCUCUUCAUAAUGAAGCUGCGGAAAGCACAUGUGAUAUGGAAAAAAGAAAUUGAAAUUUCAGGUCACAUAGUGGACAGUAACAAAUCUAGGUCAAAUACUGAAGAACCAUCAUCCCAAGACAAAAAUGGCCAAAGAUGAAAAGGACCUAAAGAAGAGUCUGACUCCAAGGAGGUUACUUUAAAGAUGGACUUUAUGAAGAGGAACAAGCACCUGCAGUGUCAGGGAGAAACAGUGCAUAAUAAUGAGUCUAAACAGUCGUUUAGCUUAAUUGGUAAGGAAUGUCUGCUUAAGCAUUGUGCUG